UUGAUCCUCAGGAUCAUGAGUGGAAGAUCAACUCCAAUUAGUUCCAGCGUCGGGUCUGUUAAUGCCGGGUCUGCUAAUGCCGAGUCUGCUAAUGCCAGUUCUAAUACUGGAGGGUCUGGAGGUGGAGAUGCUGAAAAUGAACAAAGGGUAGUAGAUGAUAAAGCUCCUUUAUGGAUGUUUGUUAAGAAGAUUAGCAAACCUCCAACUGGAGGUAACUGGAGGUGGCAAUGCAAUUUUUGCAAGCUGUACUUCAAUGGCUCACACACUAGAGUUAAGAGUCAUUUGCUGAAAGAAGGAACCGCAGGUAUUGCUUCUUGCACCAAGGUUAAUCCUGAAGCAUAUGCUAAAUUACAUAAGUUGGUGAAUGAGUGCAAGGAGAGAUUAGCAAAUGCAGCUAGUAGACAAGUUCCUCUACCAUCAUCAGGACAACAAAAAGGGAGUACUUCGGCUCCUGCUACUAGUAGCCUUGGGGAUACUUAUCAUGCCUAUAGGCCAUAUACACAAGAAUUUAGUCAAUUUACAGCAUCUGACAUGAGAAAGAAGAGGAAAACAAGUGGUGGUGCUCUUGCAAAAGCAUGGAAUAACUCGGCUAGGGAGGAAUGUGAUGGUGAGGUUGCGAGGAUGUUCUACACUGGUGGCCUAUCAUUCAAUCUUGCAAGAAAUCCACACUACCGGAUGUCUUAUGUUCGUGCUUCUACUCUUCCUGGCUAUGUUCCACCAGGUUACAAUGCUUUGAGGACCACACUACUUGCAAAGGAAAGAAGGAACAUUGAGAAACAUUUAGAGCCAAUCAAGCUUACAUGGAGGGAUAAGGGUGUGAGUAUAUGUAGCGAUGGCUGGUCCGAUGCACAAAAAAGGCCUUUGAUUAAUGUGAUGGCUACAUGCGAGCGUGGUCCAAUGAUGUUGAGAGCAAUAAAUUGUGAGGGGGAAUACAAGGACCAUAAAUUGAUUGCAAAAUUCCUUAAAAAAGCCAUCAAGGAGGUUGGUUAUGAAAAUGUUGUGCAAGUGGUUACGGACAAUGCUCCCGUUUGUGCAAAGGCCGGUGCAUUGGUAGAAAGUAAGUAUCCUACUAUCUUUUGGACACCAUGUGUAGUUCAUACUUUGAAUCUUGCUUUGAAGAACAUUUACACACCUUCUAAUAUUGCUCAAAAUAUGGAUGUGUAUGAUGCAUGUUGUUGGAUACAACCGGUUGCGGAGGAUGUAAUGUUUAUUAAAAACUUCAUUAUGAAUCAUGGAAUGAGAUUGGUUAUGUUUAAUGAUCAUUGCAAUUUGAAGUUGCUUUCGGUUGCUCCAACAAGGUUUGCUUCUACUGUUAUUAUGUUUAAGAGGUUCAAGAUGAUCAAGACCGGUUUGCAACAAAUGGUGAUUAGUCCAAAGUGGGAUCACUAUAAGGAGGAUGACUAUAGGAAGGCGGCUUCGGUGAAGGAAAAGUUGCUGGAUGAGUUAAUGUGGGAUGAUAUUGACUACAUCCUUACUUUUACCGAACCGAUAUAUGAGAUGAUUAGGAAAGCGGAUACAGAUAAACCUUGUCUUCAUUUAGUAUAUGAAUGGUGGGAUAACAUGAUUGAGAAAGUGAAGAAGGCUAUCUAUAGGAAGGAAAGAAAGCAAUUGGAUCAAGAGUCUACAUUUUGGAAUGCGGUAUAUGGAGUGUUGAUAAAUCGUUGGACCAAGAGCAAUACUCCCCUUCAUUGCUUGGCACAUUCUUUGAAUCCCAAGUACUAUAGUGCGGAAUGGCUUAAUGAAGAUCCUAAUCGUGUUGCUCCUCAUAAAGAUUUAGAGGUUACAAAUGAAAGAAAAACUUGUUUCAUGCGGUACUUUGCCAAUGAAGAUGAUAGAAGAAAGGUUAACAUAGAAUUUGCCAAUUUUUCUAUGGUCAUGGCUCAUUUUGGAAGUACAGAUGCAAUCAGGGAUAGGUAUUUAAUGGAGCCACUUAUGUGGUGGGCAGUCCAUGGAUCUUCGGCACCAACUCUUCAAGGCAUAGCCUUCAAGCUUCUAGGUCAACCUUGUUCUUCCUCAUGUUGUGAAAGAAAUUGGAGUACUUACAAUUUUAUUCACUCUUUGAAGAGGAAUAAGAUUAGACCACAAAGAGCGGAAGAUUUGGUAUUUGUGCAUACCAAUCUUCGCCUCUUAGCAAGGCAAAGCCAGAACUACAAUCAAGGUAGCACUAAAAUGUGGGAUGUUGGAGGUGAUGAGUUUGAUUCAUUGGAGGACACUAAUGUUGGAAGACUUGAGAUUGCCGAACUUUCACUUGAUGAACCACAAUUGGAGGCGGUUUUGUUUGGUGAUGAUGAUGAUAUUGAAGUGGGAGUCAUUGAAGAAGAUGGUAUUGGUGGAGAUGAGUGAAAUCUAGUUCUUUUCUUUUUAUUUAUCAUGUGUUUUG